CGGAGGGCCGAGCGCUCCCCGAGACCCACCCCGGGCACCGCGUCCCGAGACACCGCGUCACACCGAGAGUCACACGGGAGCUCUCUCUCUCCCCGGAGCACUGAGGCGCACCGAGUCCCGGGACACCGAGUCCCAGGUCCCGGCAUCGUAUCUUCGCCUGGGCCCGGCGGGGGCAGCAGUGCCGCAGGCGGAGCGCUCCCCCCGGCCGAGCAUGUCCGGCAGCGGUCCAGGAAGGCCGGCGGAGGUGGCGGAGUGGCUGGCACGUCCGUUUGAUGACUUCUGUGUGAGGCCACCGAGAGGCAGCUCUGGCAGAGGCCCUCGGCAGGAGCAGAGAGCCCCCAGCCCCGGGGCAGAGAGCAGCAAGGCCGCAGCUCCUCCCAGGAAAAGAUCAAAGCCCUGCACUGUGGAUCUGCCCUGUGCCAAGCCCGGGAGGAGGCGGAGCCAGGCCCGGGAGGAGCUGCCGUGGGUGGAGAGAUACAGACCUGAAACCCAGAAUGACCUUGCUGUGCAAAAGAAGAAGAUUGAGGAAGUUGAAACCUGGUUAAAAACACACAUCUUUCAGAAGCAGCCAAAGCAGGGUGGCUCUGUCUUGCUGCUGACUGGCCCUCCUGGCUGUGGAAAAACUGCAACUCUGCAAAUUCUAGCCAAAGAUCUUGGCCUUCAAGUGCAAGAAUGGACCAAUCCUCUCUCUUUAGACUUCACAAAGGAGGACUUGAGAGAUAUGUUUGGCCAUGACUCAAAUUUUCAUACGUUUCCGAGUCAAGCCCAAGCAGCUCUCUUUCAAGAUUUUCUAUUAAGAGCAAAUAAGUAUAACAAACUUCAGAUGCUUGGGGAGUCCACAGAAAAUGAUAAAAAGCUCAUACUUAUUGAAGACAUUCCUAACCAAUUCUACCGAGACCCUGGCAGCCUGCAUGAAAUCCUCAGGACUUUUGUUCGUACGAGUAGGUGUCCCCUGGUCUUUAUAAUCUCAGAUAACUUCAGUGGAGACAGCAACCAGAGGUCACUGUUCCCCCCAGAAAUUGUAGAGGAGUUGUGUAUAUUCAAUAUUAGUUUCAAGCCCGUUGCACCAACAAAUAUGAUGAAAGUUCUUAAUCGAAUAGCUGCAGCAGAAGCCAGUAUGAACAGAGAGAAGAAUUAUGCCCUUGAUAGAGCUUCCCUGGAGCUGCUUUGCAGAGGUUGUUCAGGUGAUAUAAGAAGUGCAAUAAACAGCCUUCAGUUUUCCUCUACAAAAGACUGCUCAUUGGAGAAAGAAUUUUGGUCGAAGAAGAAGAAGAAGAGCUCCACAAUAAAAUGUGAGGAAGCAGGAGUAUCCAAAUUAAGAAAGAAAAGUAAAUGUGAUACGUCAAAAGACCAGGAGAUACAAGCUAUUGGUGGCAAGGAUGCAUCCAUUUUUCUUUUCCAUGCUCUGGGAAAAAUUAUUUAUUGCAAAAGAGAAGCAGUGUCAGAAGCAGAGUGCCCUCAGCUGCCUGCUCACCUGUCCAAACACCACCGGGACACCUUGCUCAUUCAACCCGAGGAUAUUGUGGAAAAAUCACAUAUGUCAGGAAGCAUGUUCAAUCUAUACCUUCACCAGAACUACGUGGACUUUUUUACUGAUAUAGAUGAUGUAGUGAGAGCCAGUGAAUAUUUGAGCACUGCUGAUGUCCUUUGCAGUAACUGGAGUACACGGCUUGUGAUGGAGAGUUACAGUGCCUCCGUGGCUACCCGAGGGGUGAUCCACUCCAACAUGUCCAGAGCCUUUGCCCACCAGCAGGGGGGCAUGGGGUUCAGACCCUUACAUAAACCCCAGUGGUUUUUGAUCAAUAAAAAGUAUCAGGAAAAUUGCCUUGCUGCAAAAUCUCUGUUUUCAAGCUUCUGUUUACCACCUGAGUGCCUUCAGACAGAACUGCUGCCUUACCUUGCUAUGUUAGCAAACCCAAUGAGAAACCAAGCUCAGAUUGCUUUUAUCCAAGAUGUGGGGAGGCUGCCACUGAAAAGACAUUUUGGGAGGCUGCGGCUGGAAGCUCUGGGUGACAAGGAGCCCGGGCUGCCCGAGCUGCUCCAGGGGGACGAUGCCGAGGGGCUGCCCUCCAGCCAGUCCAGCGGGAGUGACCUGCCCGGCAGCCAACCCCAGCCCAUCGCGGCUCAGGCCAUGCUGGAGGAGGACGAGUUGAGGAUCGAGGAGUAUGACAGUGACUGAGACAGCGGGACACGCCCUCUGCCGUGCCCGCGGGGAUCCAGGUGUGCUGCCUGGACCUUAGCUGAAGGGAGCUCUGCCCAGCAGUGCUGGGAGCCAUGCACCAGGGCUGGGAGCCCAGUCCAGAGCUGCUGUGAGCAUCCUGACAGCUCCUCCUCUCUCUGCAGAGCCAGCCUGAGCACAGUGCUAAGGUACAAGCUAUUUCCUGCCUCUCCUGAGCCAUGAGACUGCCUUAGGGCAGUAACAAGAGAGAAAUAAAGGACUGAAAUCAGUUUGAAAGAGACUACAUAUUAGCAGUCUCAGUCUUAAAUUAUUUUUAUGUUUACACAUUUUAAUAUACUUUGCAACUGUGCAGUGCAUUUCCUGAGGACACAUUCUGCAAGUUGUCAGCAUUUGAAGGGUUUAUUCAAAUUCACACUUGGAAAAAAACCUGCUGUUUGGAAGUUUAGCCCUUCUGGAAAGAAGAGGCUGAAAUUUACACCUGAAAAUCUGGUGUCCCAUACUGGUGAUGUUAAGAAAACUUUUACUGUAUUAAUACUGUUUUGUACUCUGACUUACAGAAGACAUAAAUAAGAUCAAUGUGUCUUUAUAAGUGGAACUAAUGUUGUACCAUGGAUUACUUUGUAUUCCUCUUGGAAAGAUAUUUUUGUAACUUUUAGAGGGGAGAGGGCAGCAAUUAAGCAGAAAUUGUAACUUGUAGGAAGUUAAAUGUAUAAUGUGCAGUUUUUCUCCUUGGGUUGCAGUUGUGCUGGGGGAAACACUGAUCCUGUGUUUGGUAACUGACACGUGAUGGAGUGCUGUGGUUACACAGCAGUGAGGAAAACAAAUCAAACCAAAACAGCCCCGUGUGAUGCACAUUUGCAUUUCUGUAUUGUUUGCAGCCAGUUUAGUGAGGGAAGACACGUGUUUAUCCAGC